AUGACCACACGCACGCUGCCCACCAUCAUAGCGACGCGGUCCGUAUUUGGCAUCAUCCCGUCCACGACCCGCCGCAACGUGGCGUGGAAUGCCGACGGACAGUGUCUCAUCCUCACAAGACAAGGUGUGACCGUCGCAACCCCCUACCUGGCUACAGCAUUGCCGCUCCCCGAAGCUCCGCUCGAUGCAUCCAUGCAAGGAGGCGGAGCCGGUGCGAAUGGCGUCAAGGAGGAGGACAUCGAAGACGACAUGGACAUGGAUGUCGACGCACCGAGCUCGAGUACAGUCAAGCUUGGGCGCCCUCGUACUGGCGAGAUCAAGUGGUGGAUUACGCCCAUUGGCAUGGACAAGGGCAAGAACCGCGAGGACGAAUUUGAAUGGGCAGAAACCGGUGACGAGUUCAGCGGCCUCAUCAUCGACAAGGACAAGGAACGCAACAUCCGUGCCGCUGUCUGGUCACCGCCCGGUAUUGGCGGAGGAGGUGCACUCAUGGCUGUCAUGGCUAGCACCGCUCAAGUGUCCGUCUUCGCGCCGGGCCAGGACCCGUACAGUAAUGAAUACGUUGAAAUUGCAGACAUCACCAGUAUGACGAUGGACCUCCUCCCGGACUCUGAGAAGCCAGACGAGAUCCCCACUAUGGCUGGUAUGCUCCGCAUGCGUUGCACGGCCAUGGAAUGGUCUCUUCCUCUUCCCCUCCCAACCAUGGUCGGAGUGGACGGCAGUGUCUUGGCCCUGGCCAACCGUGCCGGUGGAAUCGACUUUUGGAGCGCAAACACGGACAGGUCGUUUGAGCGCAUUGCCCAAGUGUCGCUUUCGAAGCCGUGGGCUGUCGAGCUGACCUGGACCGCGUGGGUUGCUGUUGAUGAGCAUACUUGUUCUGCAGAGCUGGCUAUUGCGACUACGGACGGCUCGGUGUGGAUCCUUGAUGUUAAGCGCGUCGCAGUGCCGCUCGAGGCUAGGUGGGAGUGCCAGGUCGGCGACCUCCGGCUCGUGGCUCCAGCCGACAAGCGCCAAGUGACAGCCCUCCAGUGGAUCACUGGCGACCGGCUGGUCUGGGCCAAGGCCGGAUCUGUUCACUUUUGGACGGCAGGAACGACGCCCUCGAUGGUCCGCCUCGAGCGUGUCGGCAACUGGGCGGGAUGCAAUGCACUCAACCCUUGUGUCGGCCUCCAUCUCCGCGGCACUACCGUCACCGUUGUGCUCGCCUCAUUGACGUACCACCUUAUCGAAGACGUCUUCUCUGCACCAAAACUGGGGUCCAAAAUCGACUCUCUCCGUCUCACCCUCUCUGCGCGCGACGUCUUCCUUGACUGCGCGAAGCGUCGUCGACGUGGGUUUGUCGCCAUGACUGACCGCGAGUUCACCGCACACACGGCCGGAUGGGCUCCCCUUGAUGCUUCAGGCGAUAUUGUCUCAUGGAUGGCCGAACCCAUUACAUUCCACAACCUCGACAGCGCGACUGAGGUGAACCGUAUUGGCGAUUUCGUGGUUGCGGACCUGCACUCGACUAUUGUACCCGACGAAGCGGUAGUUGCCGCGAUCUCGGCCACCCUGGCCCACCCGCCAAGCUUUGCCGACGAGACUCUGGCACGAUUGCUUUACACCCUUGUCGAAGCUCCCCAUGAGGCAGCGCUUCCUGUCGUUCCUGACAUUGCCGACAAGGAGCGCGCGCUCCUUUCCAUGUUGUGGGGCGCCGGGUGCCCAGACUCUUUGCGACUGCACUACGUGUUUGCGCAGUGGGGUGCACGCGCGUACCCAUUGCUGUCGCUCGAGUUUGGCGGGGCUGCCGAGGCUUACCUUGGUGUCGUUCAGCGCGCUCUCGCUGCCAUUGCGCUGGCAUGGGCGAGCAGCGCCCAUGGGGAGACGGUUGGACCUUUGGACGCCCAAUACCUUGGUCAUUUGCUUGCCAUCUCCGGUCCAGAUGUCCAGGUCGACACCUCUCUGCGUGCUCUCGCGUCCGAGACUGGCGCAGCGACCGCCUGCCCUGCAUGCGGUAGCCCCGUCGAGUUCGGAAGCGGGUCGUCGACGUACUGCAGCCAGGGCCACGAGUGGGAACGCUGCUCCAUCACGCAUCUUCUGAUCACGUCGCCCGAGUAUCGUCUUUGCACCGUCUGCCCCGCCGUUGCGCUCCGCCCCGAAGCAAGCGGCGAGGACAACCAUCUUGUCCAUGCUGCGCUGGCUGCGGCCGUUGACUGCCAGACCUGUGGCGGCCGCUGGGCCCGGCCCGUGUGA